UCGGACUUUGAGCUUUAGCCUCGUUCACGUUUCUCUUUCGUGAGAAAUGAGCGAGCCCUCCGCGUAAACAAGCAGCGGAGAUCAAUCUUACCGGCUACUAGGUUGUCGUCUCGUCGGAUUGGAGUGUUAUAUAUAGGUCACAGGGACCUGCAAUUUCGCUUCACACAAACCUUCCUUCUUCACUCUGCUCGCUCCCUCGAAACCCUAAACUUUCUCUUCUUUUUGACACGUUCUUUCUUCCUUUUCCCUGCGUCUGAAAAUGGCCGGAAACAAUAGCUUCUUGACCAGCUUACUUGGCCUCGUCGACGACGACAAGUUCAUGAAAGAUGUCAUGAGCAAGCCAUGCUCUGGGACGGAACAAGUUAAUGUCAGGUUUUACUUGAAUCUCGUCGAGAAAAUCCUCAACCAAGCCAUGGCCAUUGUGGAUGAUGUUGCUAAAAACACUCCGCCAAAGGGUGACCAAUGUCAAAGCAAAAGCUCAACCUCACUUUCUUUAGAGACUUCUAUUCCUUUGUCAUCUACCAUCAACGAACUAUGCUAUCAGAUUACUUGCAAGGCCCGAACCAGCAACGUGUACCAAACAGUGUCAUCGCUUUUCAACAUGUUGUCAUCAUUUUCAUGGGAUGCCAAGGCAGUGCUAACACUCCUAGCUUUAUCAGUGUACUAUGCUGAGCAUUGGCGUCUCACUCAAAUUGAAGAGUCUGACGACCUUUUAAGCUUAACAGCGAUGUUGAGAGGGUCACAUGCAAUUGGUAAGUCCUCCGACACACAGCGGAUCAAGGCUUUUGUGGCGCUGAAUAAUCUAAUCAAGUUGACUUUGGAGUUCACCAAGUGCGCUGUUGAGUUUGUGAGCUACCCCAGAGAUUUUGGAGAAAUUUCAGCAUCAAUCGACAUAUCAGCCCGUUUUUAUUACAUCAUUGUCAUCAUACUUGGCUGCUCAGUUCAGUUCAGUGGCUUGAUCAGCAUGAGCAAUGAGUUCCUAGGGCAAAAUCUGUGGACCUUCUCGGACCAGGUCACGAAGAAAUAUGAAUCCUUCAAGAAAGAAGUGGAAUAUCUCAGAGAAAAGCACGCGGAGCAAAUUUCAUAUGAGAAGAUUAAGAAACUUUCCAAACACUGUACUGAUAUUGUGGAGCUUAUGGCGGCGCUGUUUUGCACCAAGCAUGAUUUUUUGACAGUUUAUCACUGUUCCAAGAGGACAACGGUAACGGUGGAGAAGUUCAGGAACAAGAUCGUGAUGCUGCUUAUUUCGGACUUGGACUUGUCGGAUGAAGAUUUGAAAACCAUUACCCGCAUCUACAGUGAGUCUAACAUCCAAAGAAGUAACUACAAAAUUAUGUGGGUUCCGAUUGUUGAGGAACAUAACGAGGUGACACAGAAGAAGUUCCUGGAGAAGAGAUCUAAGAUGCGUUGGUACACAAGCAACUCCAUGGUCAGCAAGCCAGCAGCAAAGUUCAUCCGGAAGAAGUGGCAAUUUAGGCAGCAGACUAAGGUUGUAGUGUUGAACCGACAGGGGAAGGUGGAGAACAUGGACGCGAUGGCGAUGAUACGUCUUUGGGGACAGGAAGCCUUUCCGUUCACGGAGUCAAAGGGCAAGGAGCUCUGGAACAAGCAAGGGAUCAACUGGUUCAAGCUCGUGGUGAACAUGGUCUUCCCUGAUGUCGAAAAAAGCAUUGAAGGGGAGGAGCUCAUAUUCUUGUACGGCUCGGAUGAAGAUCCCAGACAGUCAAAAAUUGAAAAAUACCUGAGCGAGAUCAACGGUUAUAUUGGCUCUUACAAGGUCAUCAACAUCAGCACCAAGAGAGCAAUUCCUUACCCGGCUCGAGAGCUGCCUGAGCUGCUCCAGCUCUACACCAGCUACAAGCAGUUUGGUGGGUUUGCCGUCAUCGCGAGAGGGUCGAGGGUAGUCGUCAACACUCGUCUCAUGGAUUUCGAGACAGUGCUGUCGCAGCACCAGAUGUGGGUGAAAGCUGCACAGCCUUUCGAGGCCGCCUUCAAAAGGCACUACGAUGAGGUCAUCAAAAAGCCGCGCCGCCACCAUUUCUAUAUCCCCAGUGUAGCUGGCAACAUGCCGGAGAACAUCAAGUGUGCCAAGUGCUCUCGGUACAUGAAGACCGCUGUCAGCUUCGAGUGCUGCCACGGUGACGAGCCGAUGAUGCCAUCUCGCCUGACCUCUUUGCCUGGCACUCAGGGAUUUCAAGACAGUGCUGUCGCAGCACCACAGCCGGCAACAUACCCGAGUGCUGUCGCAGCACCACCAGCUGCUACUGUAGCACUACCAGAGCCGGCAACAAACCAGAGUGCCGUCCCUGCAUCAGAGUGGGCAACAUCCCAGAGUGCUAUCGCAGCACCACCAGAGCCGAAACUAGAGUUUGGAUCAUACGCGGAUGGAUCAAUUGUAUGA